AAAAUAAUGUACAAGCUAAAGGACAAAGCCAUAACGCUAGCCUGCUACAAGAGCAGUCGCCUGAGUGCCUGACUGGUACAAACGUUGUGGUUUACAACAUAUUUCUCAAACAAAACAAAACAAUAUAUAUAUAUAUUUAUGUUUUCUUAAGGGAUGAUGAGUAACUAAAGCUGACAAAUAUUCUGUUUAUUUGUUUUAAGGCUUUAGCAGAGUUGUAUUAUAUAGAUUUUGAUCACAUCACAGUUGUUGGUUUGGGUUUGGGGGCAUGUAGAGUGGUGAUGAAGAGAGGUUAAGUAAGCAGUAAGCAGUAAUCAUGGGCAGGUGGUGUAGAGUAAGAUCGUUGCUUUCUUUUCAUUCUACUCAUACUUCUCUUCCCUUUCAAUUCUCUCCACCACUCCCCAGAUUUUCAUCUCAGCUAGUCCCUCCCCCUCCCCCAUUUCAGAGUGUUGGAUUCAUAGGUCUUGGAAAUAUGGGAUUCAGAAUGGCGAAUAAUCUAAUAAAGGCCGGAUACAAAAUAGCCGUACAUGACAUAAAUUCUAAUGCCUUGAAGGCCUUCUCUGACAUGGGAAUUGACACAAAGGAAACUCCUUUUGAAAUUGGUGAAGUCAGUGAUGUUGUAAUUACAAUGCUUCCUUCUUCAUCUCAUGUAACUGAUGUUUACACAGGUCCUAAUGGCCUGCUUCAGUGUGGGAAUGUCUUGCGACCGUGGCUAAUGAUAGACUCAUCUACAAUCGAUCCCCAAACUUCAAGGAAGCUUUCUCUCGCCAUAUCCGAAUGCAUGUUAAAGGAGAAGAAAGGUCAUCAAGAGACUCCAGUAAUGUUGGAUGCUCCUGUAUCUGGAGGUGUACUUGCUGCAGAAGCUGGGACACUUACUUUCAUGGUUGGUGGCCCUGAGGAAGCUUAUCUGGCUGCAAAACCCCUGUUCCAUUCAAUGGGCAAGAACACAGUAUACUGUGGUGGAGCAGGAAAUGGUUCUGCAGCAAAGAUUUGCAAUAAUUUGGCAAUGGCUAUUAGUAUGCUUGGUGUCUCAGAAGCCCUCUCUCUUGGUCAGUCUUUAGGGAUUGAUGCAAGCACUCUAACAAAAGUAUUUAAUUCUUCAAGCGCUCGCUGUUGGAGUAGUGACACUUAUAAUCCUGUUCCUGGAGUGAUGGAUGGGGUACCCUCUUCUAGGAAUUAUGGCGGUGGCUUUGCAACUAAACUUAUGGCUAAGGAUCUAAAUCUUGCUGCAACUUCUGCCAAAGAGGUUGGCCAUAACUGCCCGUUUACAUACCAAGCACAAAAAAUCUAUACAGAUCUAUGCCAGGAUGGCCAUGAAACUAAAGACUUCUCCUGCGUUUUCCGACACUAUUACCCUGGAAAAGACGAGACAUAGAAAAAUUCUUGGCAUUGGAACUAUGUUGGGAUAUUUGAUUACCUUCUAUUGCCACCAAACAUUUCAUGGAAUUUCUUAAGCCUUCACUUGUAUUGGAUUUGUUUUAUGAUCUAUGUGUUGAGGCAGUUUUCUUGUAAAGUUUGGAUAGAUUAAAUGCUGUAAGUUCUCAUAAAUGGGAAUCGAAGCACAAGAUAGCCUCAAACUGAGUAGCAGCAUAACAAACAAGGAAAAAAUCUCCACUUUUACUUCAUAAAUUGUUGAAAUUUGCUGCUUA